AAACGAAACGCCCAUUGUUCUCCACUAUGGGAGUAUUCUUUUUGGUCAUAAAAUACGAAUUCAUUGACGGUAAAAAAUGUACCUGUCCGAUGCUGUAGUAGUAGUGUAGCUUCGGCCUGUGGUGUUUCGUACGGUGUGUGUUUCCGCGUAUUCGAUAGCUGUAUCGAGAGUGUUUUGUGGUGAUUUACCUGUGUGAAAAUUCAACCAACUGGUUGUAAAGGUGUGCGGAUACGAAACGGCUGCAUCCGUUGCACCGUAGUGGCAAGGCAUCGUUUGCUUUCUUUAUGUUCCCGGUCUCAUCAGAAAAAACAAAUCAGUGUUGGUGUCGAGCUCUGUACUAAACGGUCUUAAGUGUUAAGCGCGCGGGUGUGUGUAAAUAUUAGUGUGCGUGUGCAGUAAAUGCAUUCGAUGCAGAUGAUCACACGAAUGCUGUCAGUGGGGUCGCGAUAUUAGGGCGCAAGUGAAAAGGUUAGAGAGAAAAAAACGGGAAGAAGCGCUCUCGCAGGUUUAAACGGCACCCGACCGGAAGCGGAAAAGGUUGAAACGGGUUCGACAUUUUGAGAGGAAAUAUCGCCAACAUUCGAUCUCAACCGGGCGACACACAGGAAUCGGGUGACGAGGAGCUUGUGCCUCGCACCGGUCCCUGUGCCCAGCCCCGCACGACGUUGGCUGGUGGUGGUGGUGUAGGCGGAGGAACGCUGUUGGGCGGAUAUCCGGUCGGCAACAUGUCGCUGAAUGGGCGCGAGCUGGUGAAGCAGCCACAGCCGGCCGACUACAACCAGAGCGUGUUGACGAUGCAGAAAUCGGUCACCAUCACGGUGACGCCGCAGCGCAGCAAUUCGAUGGAUCUGCUCAACUUCGAGGAGAAGCGGCAGCUGAUCGCGUCCUCCCUGUCGCUGUCGGACAUACUGCAUGUUAGCCCGGCCGCCGCACACGUUGCCAAGGAGGUUGCCGCCAGCACGGUGAUUGCGACAAAAAAACAGAACGGCACCACGAUGCGGUCGAACAGUCUCAACUCGGGCUCCCGGACACCGCCGCUCGAGCGCAAGAGCAGCAAAUUCAGCGCCUUCGGUCGACUGUUCAAGCCGUGGAAGUGGCGAAGAAAAAAGAAAAGCGAAAAGUUCGAAUCCACCUCAAAGUCGCUUGAGCGGAAAAUUUCAGUACGUGCCAACCGGGAAGAACUUGUACAAAAGGGCAUUCUGUUGCCGGAAAGUCCUACAUCUGCACUAUCGAUAGCCGCCAUUUGCAUCAGUCCCACGGAAUCGGUUACGUGGUCCACCUCAUCUCACAGGCAAUUGCAAACCUUCCAUCAUCAGCCACCGCCACCGCCGCCUCCACUGGCGUCGCUGCACUAUCGAAGUCCAAACGAGGAGCAAUAUACGAUCUACAACUCAGUGAACGGAACGAACGGUGCCGUCCUGCCAAAUCUCGCAACAUCCGCCAACGCACCAAAUAGUACUAGCAUAGCGAGCAACAACGUGCCUUUAUCGCAAUCGGCCCAGCAGAUCAGCAGCCUCGGUGGUCCGGGCGGUGUCGGCACGCCGGUCGGUUCCCUCAACCUGUCGGCCAUACUUGGCGGUGGUGGUGGCGGUAACGUCGGUCCCGGUGGACAGCUGAUCCAUUCGUCUACCGGUGGCAGUGGUGCGAGUGUUAUUGGUGCGAACAUGAUCAGUGGUAGUACCGCUGGCAGUGCGUUGGCCAGCAUUUUGACCGGAAGUGUUAGUUUAAGUGGGGGUGCGGGUGGUCCUGGUGCCAGCGGGUCAAAUGGAAAUAGUGGACCGGGUGGUGGGGGUGGCGCGGGAGGUGUGGGGGUAGGUGGUAGUGCUGGGGUCGUACUAGUGUCCGGGCUGUCACAUUCGCAAUCGGCGCAUCAGAUAGGACAACCGCCACCGCCGUCCCUCGUUCACGCGCAGCUUGCCCCGCAUCAAGCCCUUCAGCAGCAGCUGCAGCAACAUUUCGCGAACGUAGCUGCCAAUGCCAGUGCCAACAUGAAUCAAGGUAUGUGAAGGAAUUAAAAUUUUCUUUAACCUAAGAAAAAGAAAUCGAUACAACCACACGCUUGGUCGAAGAUGAAGGCAAAAUGGGCUUUCUCGCUCGCCCUGCGUAUGAUGUUUGUAUGGAUUUUUGGUUUUGCACGACCGUUGAUGGUAUAACUUCGCUUACUCGCUGUACUAUGGCUAGCUCUCUUCUGCAAAAACAUAUUUCGGUGAGUCGUUCGCAACAUUAUUGAAUAGUUUCUAGCAAACAAAUAACAACAAGAAUCGAACACGAACAUCCGGAUGACUCGCGUGAGGGUAGGUGGAAUGGUGUUUUACAAUGAUUACAUCAGCCUCUCUAAAAACACCGAAAAGGGCUGGAAGGAACAUUCCAGCACCGUUUAUCCACUAACGAACGUGUAAACAGUACCAGUUUCUCGACAUUUCGAUUGAUUGAUGGGAAAGCAUUUGCAUUGGUAUGAAAAAGUGAGCAAACGCUGCUUAGAAGGCAAAUAAAACAAGGCACGAUUUCCCUUUUGAGAAUCGAUGGAAGAUUACGAAAAGGUUGAGGGAAUGUGACCACACAUUUCAUUCGUGGCGGAAUGGGAAAAAGCCACUGGUGCCAAAAAACAUGCUGAACUUGACACCAAAAACCCGUUUCGUAUCUCUCCAAAAAGGGCGAAAUGUUUGUUUGUAAACAGAAAUAGCUGCACGUUCAACGCGGGUUUGUCGUGGGUUUGUGUGAAUGGAAUCGAUCGGAAAUGAGCAGAAAGUAGAGAGACACGAUGGAAAACAACAGCUUCCGUUGCCGCGUUUUUUUGUGUGUAGAGGGAAAGAGGGAAAACACGAGGGAGUAAGUAAUCAACAUUGUGACAGGUGGGAUGAAUUGAAUCAAUCCCGAAGGUUAGUCGAAAUGCAGGAAAAGUAAACAGAUUUGGCCGUAUGCUUCGGAAUGCAACUACUGAUCCAGCCGAUAUUUUUAGAAUGAAUACUGUGUCAUCAGUAGUGCCGACCGUGACGCGUGACAUUAACCAGGGUCUGUACACGUUUACAUCCCUUAUCCCGACAUUGAACUGCGUCGCUGAGCUACCUUGGCACUCACGCGGCGGUGUGUUACUGGGCGGGAGGAAUUCUAUUUUUAGGAACUCAAACAACAUUCCAUCCGUCAAACUACAGGGUGAUACAGCGGUUGGCAACAUGACAAAUAAAGUAGUAGCUCAAU